UUGCGCCGCGCAUACAGUUGUUGCUACACGUGUGUUAUUGUCUGUGCUCCCGUGAACAAAAUGGCGGACAACCCUACACCUGGCUCAAGCAAGCACACUUCGAAUAAACAAGAAAUAAUACCAAGAAGUGCUCCAGAAAAGCUACGUAUUAUAAGACGUCUCGCCAAACAAAUAAGACACAAGCCGAAAAAGUUUACAUUUACGAAAAAUACUAUCUAUGAAGUUACUGGUUUACACCCAGAAAACUUACGUCAAUUAUAUUUGUUUGAUUCCGAUUUAAUAGAACCAAUUUCAUUAGAUCGAUCAAUAGUUUACAAAACCUGGGCUGAAAAUUGCAUAAAAUUCAAAUUACUUACAACUGAGCAACUGUUUUGGGCGUUAAACGCGAAGAAUAUACCUGUUUAUAUGGACAUAGGUGAUUUUAGAAAAUGGUUAUAUAAGAAUGAUUUUAUGUGGAUACCAGGUUUCGGUGGCGAUUUGGUGGUUAUAGAAUGUACUGAAGCACGUUUUGAGAGGUACUUGUACCUGCAGAAUAUGGCGCGUUACAGGGCAGAAAAUAAACAAAUAUUCUUCAUAGAUCACGCUACUUUUAAUUCUAAGGGAAGACUAGUAACUUUAAAAGAAAGCAACGCAGUAUUGAAGAAUGACGAACGUUUGGAAACUUAUCAACGAAUUCUUUUUGCUGUCUCCGAGGCUGGUUCUGACUGUUUGCAGUAUGUUGAAGGUUUCACAGAGAAAGUGUUCCUCGAUUGGAUAAACCAAGUAUUUCUGAUUGCUGUAGGGAGACCCAGCGUUGUUGUACUGAGCUACGAUAAGCAUCAUAGUGAAGAGAUUAUAAAAGUACCAACUUCGGAGAGCACGAAACGAGAUUUGUGCAAAUGGCUUGAUUAUUUCAACGUGCCUUACGAUGCAGAGAUGACCAAAUUGACGCUGCAUGAGCUGAUUCAAAAGUAUACUGAUUUAACAGAGAAGAUGUAUGCAGUAGAUGCUGUACUCAAGGCGAAUGGUCACACUGUAUUGAGGAUACCGAAUUGUAUUAGAAAAUUGACUCCAGCAACGUAUUAUUCAGAUAUGGUGGAUUUGAAUAUGAAAGUCAAUUUUGUUAAUGAAACGAGUUUGGACAAAGAGGUUGUAAUAGAAAACAUUGGUAAUAUAUUUGAGACUUGUUCUCCACAUGAAGCUUGGGCAGCCAUAAUUAAAGAAGAACAAUCUAUUUUGGCAAUGGAUUCAUCAGUCGAUGAAUUCAUAAAUGAAAUUAAAGGUGCACGGAUUAAAUCUAUAUUAACUCCAGAACGAAUAGCGAAUAUUGAUUCUCCGUCGGAUGACUCUGAUUCGGAAUAGUUGUUAUUUAGUAUUAUUUUAUUAAGUAUCUUGAUUUUGUCUUCCUCAAUUCCUUGUUUGUUAACUACCUACUUAUAUUGUCAAUAAAAGUUAUUUUUUUAAUGGA